ACUGCAGGGCCUUUCAUUUUCCCCAUGGGACUUUCAAGAGAGGAGGCGCGAACUCCUCGUCACUGCUACUACCAAUCAUGGUGGAAGUCGUCAUCAUCAGCUGUCAACGAGGCCCAGUUCUGGCCCUGGAAAUCGAACACCACUCCCUGCACCUAGCGGGAGUGGUGGUGUUUUUAAUUCCCAUCAGACUCCAGCUCCUUCGAUGGUGGUGAAUUUCGACAGGGUGAAUAGCACCUAUCAUCCGCAGUCAUCAUAUCAAGAUGCUCCAACCUCCGGAUUCGAUUAUGGUACUACUGCCGAGCCAUAUCCUGCAGUAGUUUCCUCUUCUCGGUUAGGUCCCGGAAAGCAUAUAAUUGCCCCUCCAUCUUCAUCAUCCACAAUAACGACUGGUACUACGGCUACUGCUCCAUCUUCUACUUCUUCAUCUCCAUCUUCGGUAGCUCGUUAUAGGAGUGGAACCGCUACUUCUCGCUUGGAUUCUUCGAGUCCUGCUUCAUCAUUGCUUAGCAGUAAUGGUGGCGGAGGUGGAGGUGCUCAUCAGCUACAACCUCAACAACUCCUACAUAAAUACCAAUGUGAAACUGCUUCGUGGGCUCGAUCGGUUGCCGUCGGCGUUGGUGUUGGAAGUAAUGGUGCUGGCUAUGGCGGUGCUUCGGCGAUGACUAAUCUCUUACCUCCGUCAUAUUCAACUACACAGCCCGCUCUGCUGGCUCAGCGCUAUCAGCACCAACGUCAUCAAGAAUCACCCGCUUUCCUGGAUCCCCCCUCGACAAAUCCUACGCAUACGACCCAACAGGGAACGUUCGCAAGUGUAGCUGGCUCUCAUGACGAUGUGCUUUAUCCUGUUAAUUCGUCUUUGUCGCCCAGGGUUAGCAGCAGCGACAGUGGACACGUUGGUGGUCCUUUCUCUGUAGAAGGCGUAGGUACCGUCGACUUACAACAACAACAUUCUCAUGUUCAUCCCCAUCCACAUUAUCACCCCCCGGGCCCUUACCACUGUCAAGACUAUCCCCAACCACCGAUAUUGUCGCACGCGCCUCCCCAUGUACACAUGCCCAAGCAAUCAGAUGGGCCCUGGCCGCCUAACCUCCCCCCACGACCCCUCCUUCUCCGCCUGGUUCACAUUUUUUUCAAAACCCAACCUUUAGCACCGUACCUCCUUCAUCGACCCACGUUCAUAUCUUCCCUAUCUACCGCUUGCCCUCUCAGUUCUGCUUCUCCGGACUCUAGUGUGUCAGGCGGACGAUUUCCUUCUAUUGCGUUAUUACACGCAAUUUGUGCCAUGGGGAAUAUGUAUUCCCACCCAGCUUGGCUUUCUCAAGUCGCGAGCGGGGACGAGAAUGAGAUGUCUCCUAUUAUGAGGAUGAGCGAUGCGGGAGUUGGGGGCGGUGGUGUGCAUCCACAGGGGUCGAUUAUGACGAUGUUUAACUCGCCAAAUACGGAUCCGGGGGGACGGCGGCGACCUUCUUCGUCCUCUGUGGCUGCUACUUCUAGCCUUAACGGUCUUCUUCCCGGAUUGCGGGGUGGUGAAGCUGGGGAUGAACAGGAGUAUUCGUAUUCAACUUUAGCAUCUUUCUCUGAGGAACAAGCGACGUUUGCAUAUUCCCUUUUGGAAGAAGACAUGAAAGGGUCUAGGAGGAUGCUGGAGUGUGUACAGACGACGAUCAUACUUGCUUGGUAUUACCAUGUCAACGCUCGGUGGAUGGAAGCGUGGCAAUGUUCCGAGUCGGCGCUUCGGCGAUGUAUACCAAUUGGACUUCACAUGGAUGGGUUUCAUGGCGGGAUGAUGUUGGUCGAUUCGUGGAAAAAUCGAGCGAUGGUGGGCCAAAAUAAUGGGCCGGAGUACUUGGAGCAGCGUAGGGCUGUGUUUUGGAUUGCAUUCAUGUUGGAUUCGUUCCAGUGUAUUGCGACGUCGUGGCCUAGUGGCCUCAACGAAGCUGACGUUAGUCAAACGCUCCCAUGUACUUUGGCUGAUUAUGAAGCAUCGAAAGAUGUCCGACAUCCGCGCCAGCAUUUGCAUUCUGCGACCCUCUUCAUCUCCAAUGAACCCUACAUCACCGAUUCGUUCACCCUCCAUGUCAAAGCCACUAUCCUCGCCGGUCGAGCCGCCAAACUUAACACCCGUUUCCAAGCCCAGCGCGAUUAUCUCACAGAGGAUUCACCAGAAAAAGUCCGCACUACGGCUGAGUUUAUGCUCCUAGAAAGGGACAUUGCUGCCUUUCAAACGGGUGUCCCAAGUGGAUUGAAUAAAUUUAUGAUGGAUACCUCUGGUGAUGUUGGGCAUCGUUCGAGCGAUCCAUACGCUGAUAUCAUCGAUCAUAAUGCGUAUCUUGCGUACAUUGUGUCGCAUGUGGCCCUCAUCGUUCUUCAUGAUCCUCGGACGGACCUCUCAGAUUUGAACGACUUGUCCGCGCGAACGAUCCUUUCAUCUGCGAAUGCCAUCUUGGCGACUAUUCGUGCUCUCAGUGCAACUCCUUUAGAUUUUUCGACCAUGUUUCAUGGUACUUCGUUAUAUUGGACUAAGGCUGCUGCAGUUGUCAUUCGGUACUUGGAGCGCGAGCUAAGAAUGGGGAAUAUAAAAGCUGCUGCAGUGCAUGAAGCAGAUAUUGCGACCAUCAAGGGCGCACUGCGGCGUAUGGGGAAAGGGUGCCCUGUAGCCAGGGCUCAUGGUACUAUGAUUGCCGAAUGGACUGAAGCUGCUAUUGCCAAUGGGAAUAAUGCGACACCCGAGAUAGAUAAGGUUUGGCCACACGUUCGAUUCUCCGAAGGCAAGCGUGUUGGCAUUGGGCCUGCGUACCUGGGGAGUCGAUACACGGAUUAAUCAGAUCGUCGCUUUUGUUUUGCUUUAUUUCGUUCAAAC